GUAAUGAUGUUUGCCGUAAGUAAUUUCUGCUGUCCGUCUCCGUUCGUGUCUUGCCUGUCUGUGUUCGUCCGUGUUCUGUCCGUCUCCGUGCGUGUUCUCCGUGUUCGUCCGUAUUCAGUCUGUUUGUGUUUGUCCGUGUUCUGUCUGUGUUCGGUCUUUGUUCUGUCUGUCUAUGCUCGUCCGUGUUUUGUCUAUCUGUGUUCGUCCAUUUUUUGGUUUUUAAUAUUUUCUCUGUCUUUACAUUUGAAUAAGCCACAGGGAAAUUCGUUGGAAGUGAACGAGGAAAAAAUUCUUACCAUUACGUACAAAUUAAGGAAUAAUAUGAAAAGGAAAAAAAUGAAGGAAAAAACGAUUCGACCCUUAUUUGCGUAUAGGGUCGAAAAUUCUGUGUGA